AUGUCAGAUGACCGAUCAAAUAACCUGCUUGGAAACGAACCGCCAGAAGACGACUCGGAUACGUCAUCUGUGGAAAUUGUGGAUACAUAUGAGGCUCCGAUAGAGACUUUGAGUGACAAUGAGAUUGUGGUCACAGCACAGAGGUCUGUAGAGCCCUUGACGGGUUCCAAAAGAUCUUCUUCCAGUGAAGAGCCUCCGCGGGUUGUUAAGAAGCCACAGAUGAUGGAAUUUACAGAUCCCAAUGUGAUUUCCUCUGAACUACGAUUAUCACGUAUUGAUGAUCUUGGAGCAGAGGUAAACUCGGAUACCGUUGGUCUUGAGUAUAUUUUAAACCAAGCAGGGCUCAAGUAUAUGUGGCAAUUCAAUUUUUCAGUCGAUAUUGAGUUUGUCAUGAAUAGUAUUGAGCCAUGGACUCGAAAACACUUGUGGUCAUGGUUCAUAGUAAGUGGGAACCCACAGGAUGUAAAGUAUUACAAUUCAGAACGUCUGUCAUUACCAGAUGCACACCGCAUAGCGCCAGUAGCUGGUGCACCAUUGCAUCGAAGUAAGAGCUGGUCGAUCCACCAUGCCAAGCUGAUGGUGCUUGGGUUUACGGAUGAUCCUGAGAAGGAAGAUACCAAGGAUUUGGGGAAAGUGACACGGUUCCAAAUAGUAAUAUCAACAAGCAAUUUGACACCAUUAGAUUGGCACAAACUAACGCAAGGGGUCUGGAUGAGUCCGCACUUGCGACGUGGAGAGACUAAAAUACGGGGAGAUUUCCGGGCCGACUUUCUGGGCUAUUUAAGGCUGUACCGGUUACCUGUUUUACAGGGUCUUAUUGAUGAACUGGGCAAGUUUAGUUUUGAUGAGGUGACUGUGGAUUUGGUCAUGUCUGCACCUGGGAAUUUCAAUGUUGGGCAAGAGCCACGGAUGGGGGUAGAUGGAUUGGGUAAUAAACUUGCCCAAUUGGUGGAAGAAGAAGAAAAAGAAGAAGAAAAAGAAGAAGAAAAAGAAGAAAAAGAAGAAAAAGAAGAAAAAGAAGAAAAAGAAGAAAAAGAAGAAAAAGAAGAGUCUACUGACAAGUUUACCAUUGAGGUGUCAUCUUUAGGAAGUUUUGGCAAGGACCAAAAGUACUUUAAAGAAACGAUUCUUAAGGCAUUAAAUGGGAAUAAGUAUGUGCCUGAUCUUGUGAAGCGUACACAAUUACUAUGGCCCAGUGUUGAAUGUGUACGUGAAUCAAUAAUAGGAUAUGCUUCUGGGGUAGCUUUAUUUGAAAACUCUCGAGGAGGACUUGACAAUUUGCGUAGUCAAGGUCAGCUAUGUGAAUGGAAGGCAUUGAAGGCUGGACGACAACGUGUCAUGCCUCACAUUAAGACUUAUAUAAGGACAAACGCUGACAAGACACGGAUCCGAUGGGUUGUAUUAACAUCUGCAAACUUGUCACAAUCAGCCUGGGGGGUUAUUCGAAGGGCAGCCAAGACAAGUCCUAAAGGUAGCGGGCCUCGGGUUGAUGGUAGCAGUUGGGAGCUUGGAGUGGUGCUAAGUCCAAGGUGGCAUGAAGAGUUGUUAUCUGAGAGUGGAGAGAAGAAGAAGCAGGAGAAAAAAUCUUCUGUGGUGAUGGUUCCGGUGUAUGGACGUGAUAGAUUAACAGAUAGUGAAGCAGAGAAAGUUCGUGGAAUUCUUGGUGUUGGUCCUGAGUGUCGGUUACUAUGUGUUCGGAUGGCAUAUGAUUUAACUGUGCCGGAGACUUUUAGACCAGACUCGGAACCGUGGAAUGGUAAUAAGCCGCACUUGAAAUUGGACUGGUUGGGACAACAAUGGCCAUUGAAGUAA